AAUAACACCCUCUAAAAUUGUUGUUGAGAAAAAAAAAAUGAGUGUCCCUCAGUGUUAAAGACUUCCUUUGCGCGGUCUCUCAAAUCAGCUUCAGUUCAAUCUACUGCGAUCUGAUUAAGUUGGUGGAAACCCUAAUUCCACUUCAAUCGCCGGUCAAAUGGAUUACCUGAAAUCAGUAGUCCCAUCACAGCUUGUAUCCGAACGAGGAUCAAAUCUCGUUAUCAUCAACCCAGGGUCUGCGAACGUAAGAAUAGGACUAGCUAAGCAAGACACACCUUUCAAUGUCCCUCACUGCGUUGCUAGGCACGCCAAACCCAACCUUGUCGAUCUGAUGAUUAACACUCAGGUCACCACCGGUCAACACGUUGACCGUGAGAGAGCUUUCAAUUCUACGGCAUCGCUGUUGAAGAUACCAUACCUCCACGACGACGAAACCUCUUCUUCUUUUGGCUCACGCAAGAUGGCGAGGAUCGAUGGAUACAACCAGCCAAGUACCACUACGAAGAAAGAUGCCGUCUUUACUUGGACUAAUGUGUAUGAGGAGGACAAGAAGCCUAGUUCCCUUCCCACAUCAGAAACCUCUGCUCAUACAAGUGAAACUGUUACCCACUCUAAGGAUCAUCCUGGUGAGGGUAAGCGCAAGUAUAGGAAUAUUAUUUUUGGGGAAGAAGCUAUGAGAAUAUCUCCAAAAGAUCCAUAUACCAUCCACCGUCCUAUCCGGAGAGGCCACUUCAAUGUUUCCCCACAAUACUCUGCACAACAGGUUUGUGAGGACUUAAUCGCUAUCUGGGACUGGGUUUUACUAGAUAAACUUGAGAUAGCUCAUAGUGAGAGAAACAAGUAUUCUGCUGUUCUUGUUGUCCCGGCAACAUUUGACAACCGCGAAAUAAAGGAACUGCUGACUAUUGUGUUGCGAGACCUAUGCUUUAGCUCAGCAGUGGUCCACCAAGAAGGUUUAUCCACCAUUUUUGGGAAUGGUUUGUCAACAGCUUGUAUUGUGAAUAUGGGAGCCCAGACUAGUACAGUUGUUUGUAUUGAGGAUGGAGUCUCAUUGCCAAAUACUGAAAAGAUUCUACCUUUUGGAGGAGAUGAUAUAUGUAGAUGCCUUUUAUGGAUUCAGAGGCAUUACCAAAACUGGCCACAGCUUCGAACAGACGUUUUGGCAAAGCCAAUCGACCUGCUCAUGCUUAAUGGACUUAAGGAGUCAUAUUGUGAGAUUAGAGAAGGAGAAGUUGAAACAGUUGCAACAGUUUAUUCUUACGAGGACGGCAUGCCAGCUGUGGCUCACAAGACAAAUCUCACCUCACUUAACGUUCCACCGAUGGGUUUGUUUUAUCCUAACCUUCUUGUUCCUGAAGUGUUUCCCCAGCCACCACGUACAUGGCUCCAAGACCAUGAGAACAUGUUGGAGGAAACAUGGAACAUGGACUUUGCUGGUAGUGGUAACAUGGGAUUACCAGUGUGGGAUAGUUUUGCAGCUUCCCCUCUGAACCCAAAGAAAGAAGAGAAGAUUGGUCUUGCUGAAGCCAUUACCAGCAGCAUUCUCUCUGCCGGACGCAUAGACCUUCAGCGAAAACUAUUCUCCAGCAUACAAUUGGUUGGUGGUGUUGGUUUGACUAAAGGUCUGGUCUCAGCCGUGGAAGAAAGAGUUCUUCAUGCGAUACCUCCAACAGAAGCCAUAGACACGGUAGAAGUUUUGCCGUCAAGAAUGGAUCCAACAUUCGUAUCUUGGAAAGGAGGAGCGAUAUUGGGAAUAUUGGAUUUUGGGAGGGAGGCCUGGAUACACAGGAACGAAUGGAUGGAGAAUGGGAUACGUGUAGGGAGUGCCAAGAAGUACAGAGACUCUUAUUACAUUCAAGCACAAGCAUUUUGUUUCAUCAACUCCUAGUGUUAUGUUGUUAAGACUCUUUUCUAUAUGCACUUGAGAGAGAAAAAGCAGACAUUUUGUUAGUUUGUAGCGGUGUUUUAUUUAUUUGGUUUUGUUAAGAGAAAUGUUGAGUUUGCA